GGACGCCACGGCUCCGCCUGAAGCGAUGGCCCAGCCCUACCCCCCUGCCCAGUACGCCCCUCCGCCACAGAACGGCAUCCCCACCGAGUAUGCCCCGCCCCCACCGCACCCCACGCAGGACUACCCGGGCCAGACCCCGGUGCCCCCGGAGCACGGCAUGACCCUGUACACACCAGCCCAGACCCACCCCGAGCAGCCAGGCACUGAGGCCAGCACGCAGCCCAUCACUGGGACCCAGACAGUGCCGCAGGCAGACGAGGCGGCACAGACGGACAGCCAGCCACUGCACUCCUCCGACCCCACAGAGAAGCAGCAGCCCAAGCGGCUGCACGUCUCCAACAUCCCCUUCCGGUUCAGGGACCCCGACCUACGGCAAAUGUUCGGGCAAUUCGGAAAAAUUUUAGACGUGGAGAUCAUUUUUAACGAGCGGGGCUCCAAGGGUUUUGGGUUUGUAACUUUUGAAACUAGCUCAGAUGCUGACCGAGCCCGGGAGAAGCUGAAUGGGACGAUCGUGGAGGGACGGAAAAUUGAGGUCAACAAUGCCACAGCCCGAGUCAUGACCAAUAAGAAGACGGGGAACCCCUACACCAAUGGCUGGAAGCUAAACCCCGUUGUUGGCGCAGUCUAUGGGCCCGAAUUCUAUGCAGUGACCGGGUUUCCCUACCCUACCACCGGCACAGCCGUUGCCUACCGGGGCGCGCACCUGCGGGGCCGGGGCCGGGCCGUGUAUAAUACGUUUCGGGCUGCGCCGCCCCCGCCCCCCAUCCCGACUUACGGAGCGGUCGUGUAUCAGGAUGGAUUUUAUGGUGCUGAGAUUUAUGGAGGCUAUGCAGCCUACAGAUACGCUCAGCCAGCAGCAGCAGCAGCAGCCUACAGCGACAGUUAUGGUAGAGUCUAUGCAGCUGCCGACCCCUACCACCACACCAUCGGCCCCACGGCGACCUACAGCAUUGGAACCAUGUGAAACCUUCCACCGUUUCCUUCUCGGACCAUGAAGGGCAAAAACAAAAAAACAAAAAAAAUCACAAAACAAAAAACAAAACAAAAAAAGAUGUUAAGAUCCAAGCAACAAAAAACCAACCAAACCAAGAGGCAUCCAACCAAGCCCGAGUCCGCAACCUGGCCGCACACCCGCACCGAGGGAGCACGCCGGCGGGGGCGCCGUGGAGCGCGGCCCAGGGACAGGACAGCCCCCACCGCAUCCUGCGUCCCUCAUCCCUGCCCGGCUGGCAGUACAGUGGGGAGUUGGAGGGGACGACAGGGCCU